AUGUCCUCAACCCUCCCAUUGCCAAUCCCUCCGCGUACUCCAACACCGCCGUCCGAUGAUGGCCGCGAUCAAUAUGCUCCCCGAACGACCCAGGACUAUCAAUCGAUCGAAUCAUUCCCCCGGAGCGCGACGCUCGAUCCAGUCAAUUCAGAGCGUUUUAGUCCUACGAAAUCGUCGUUCAAUCUGAGUUCCAGGGCAGCAGAUACGCCUGCCUCGGUGCAGAAUGGCGCGAGCGACUCGGUCCCCGCAGCGCCCUUCAAUUUCGAUACAACUGUUAUGUCCAAGGGUCCUGUGGUCAAAUCGAACAUCGGACAGCGUCGCGGUCACAAGUACAAGCACAGUAGUAUCUCGCACCAGAUCUUCCUCGAGCCCCCUCCACGUGCGCCUUUGGCUUUGCCCAAUUCCCUCCCCAUUCCAACAUUGAAAGAGUGCCGCGCAAGUAUGUCGAAGGACCAAAAAACACGCUUUUGGUGGAGUCUCUGCCACAUGUUCGUGGCGGCUUAUACACUUUGGACGGCGCAUGGGUCAUUGGCCAUGACAGCAUUGUCCCAUUUGAUCCUGUUUGACUCACUGGGAGCCCUUGUGUGUGUUGCCGUGGAUGUUCUCAGCAAUUUUGAGGUCUGGAAAAGGUCAAGUAUUCGCCACCCAUUUGGCCUGGAACGGGCCGAGGUGCUGGCUGGAUUUGCAAUGUGUGUACUACUUUUGUUCAUGGGCCUCGACUUGAUCUCCCACAAUCUGCAGCAUUUUUUGGAGAAAUCGGGCCACGAACCCCAUCAUUCUCAUGACCAUGAUCGGGUUUCCCUGGGUAGCGUGGAUGUCACGGCGGCUCUCGCCAUAUCCUCGACCUUGGUUUCGGCGAUUGGUCUCAAGAACCAUGCCCGUAUUGGCAAGGCGAUGCGAUUUGCAUACAUCGAGUCUUUGCCGUCCGUUUUGAGCAACCCUUCCCAUUUUUUGACUUUGUCAUGUUCUACUCUUCUUCUACUUUUGCCUCUGGUGUCGAUUCGAAUCUACGACUGGCUGGACAAGUUGUUGUCCGGCACCAUUGCCAUUUCCAUGUGUUUUCUUGGAGUCCGCCUUGUGAAGACAUUGGGCUCCAUGCUUCUCAUGUCUUAUUCGGGCCAGGGAGUGUCUGAUGUGAUCAAAGAUAUCGAGUCGGAUCCCUCGGUGUUUGGUGUUGAUGAUGCUCGGUUUUGGCAAGUCCACUAUGGUUUGUGUAUGGCGAACCUAAAACUUCGUGUGUCCGGAGCAGAUGACAAUGUUGGGAGACUGAGGGAGAAGAUUUCCAGCUUGGUGAGGAACCGAUUGGGAGGAGGUUAUGGCACAGGAGGACAGAGAUGGGAGGUUUCUCUUCAGUUCACUAUCGAACGAACCUAG